AUGAAACCCUUGCCUUUCCAUUUCCCUCUACGCAUUGGCACCGACAUCGUCCACCUCCCACGCAUAUCCCGCCUAAUCAAUCGCAGCGACUACCUCUCCCGCUUCACACGACGAAUUCUCGACGAACAAGAACAAAAAGACUUCCAAACGCGCUUCAAAGAGACGCUCCAGCUACGUGGCAGUAGUUCCACAAAUGCGCCCAUCACAGCCGAAAUAACGCGGUGGCUAGCGGGCCGGUUUGCCGCGAAGGAGGCCGCGCGAAAAGCUGCGCCCGGCGGCGCGGCUUCGAUCAGUUGGAAGGAUGUUGUCGUUCGGGCUCAGGAUGGUAUUGGCAACCGGGAAGAUGCAAGUGCGAUACCGCAGAUUGUUUAUUGGCCUAAUGGCAACGAUGGCAAUCCGGGGCAAGCGGCGCAGCUUUCUAUCUCACAUGAUGGGGAGUAUGCUGUCGCUACGGUGCUAGCAUUCUGUCCGCCGAUGCAAGGCCAUCCGAAAAUGGACCGGAAGGCAAAGAAGGAGAAAAAGUAUCAGUGGACGGAAUAUGAGGAGUUGGAGGAUGGACAGGAGGACAAGGACAGGGAGUGGGAAGAGUACCAGACGAGAGUGCAAGGGAAGAGAUUCGAUGUGAGGGAUUCGCUGAGGAGACGGUAUAAGAAGAGACCCGAGAGAAACCACAAGAUGCCAUUCUCGCAUCACAGCCAUUCAGGCCAGUUCUGCCCGGGCCAUGCAAAAGACUCCCUGGAAGAUGUCAUCCAAACCGCCAUCUCCAAAAAGAUGCAAGUCUUCUGCCUAACAGAACACAUGCCCCGCCAUAAAGAAGACUUCUACCCUGAAGAGGCCGAAUCAGGCCAAACAGAAGAAUGGCACGAAACCAAUGAAGCCGCUUACUGGAAAGAGGCCCAACGCCUCCAAGCCAAGUACGCCUCCCAAAUCCAAAUCAUCAUAGGCUUCGAAUGCGACUGGAUCCGCCCGGAGUCCAAAUCCCUCAUCGACCGCUCACUAUCCCGCUUCCCGUUUGAAUUCUUCAUCGGCUCAGUGCACCACAUGCACACCGUGCCAAUUGACUACGACCGGGAGAUGUACGAGCGAGCGCGAGAGCUGGCGGGCGGCUCGGACGAGCGUCUGUUCGAGGACUACUUUGACGCGCAGCUUGAUAUGUUGCAGCAGCUCAAGCCGCUGGUCGUGGGGCAUUUUGAUCUUAUUCGGCUUAAGAGUGAUGAUAUGGAGCGCAGCUUUAAGAGCUGGCCGGGGGUUUGGAGUCGGGUUCUUCGGAAUCUGGAUUUCAUUGCGGGGUAUGGGGGCAUAUUGGAGAUCAAUGGAGCUGCGUUGAGAAAGGGGAUGAGCGAGCCUUAUCCCAAGGCGGAGAUUUGCAAGGAGUUUGUGGCUCGUGGUGGUCGCUUCUGUCUCUCGGAUGAUAGUCACGGCGUUGACCAGAUCAGCCUUAACUUCCACAAAGUGCUGGAGUUCCUGGAUCGCGCCGGUAUCUCGACGCUGCAUUAUCUGCAGCUGGUGGAGCCAUCGGCGCAGUCGACCGCGCCGGAUGCUCGAUUCCCGCGUACGCAGAUUGCCGCUAUCUCAGUGGAAGAUGUGAAGCAGAUGGCUUUCUGGAAGGCUGAAUAA